CGACCCAGUACAAGAGCGAGAGAGAGAGAGAGAGAGGACAAAGGUGAGAUUUGAGAGAGCAACUUCCAUAGUCAACGCCUGAAGAAAAUUGCGGGUUUGCCUUUGCCUAUACUAUUCUAUCCACUUAGCUAUGCGAUUUUUCCUUGUCAAUACAAUGCAUAUCUAGUUCAAUUGUGUAUAUCAUUUUCCUGUUUCUUUGUUGCUGUUUCGACUCCACAGCUAACCAACUAUUCAGCUCCUGCUUCUGAUCUAUGACAGUAUGAGUUCUGACAGGUCCCCAAACCAGGAGAUGAAAUCUGACCAGGCUGGAGUCAAUGUUGAGAAUAAAGAAUCGAAAGCUCAUCUCAUUGAAAUCUUAAUAUCUUCAUUUGAUCAAAAAUUAGAGAAGUUGUCAGUAGAUCCUUCGUACUCGUAUGCAGCAUGUAUCUAUAGAGUUUCUGAGAAGCUCCGGAAAGCAAAUGAAGCAGCUUAUACUCCUCGAUUAGUGUCGAUUGGUCCACUUCAUCAUGAUCGAGCCCAACUUCAAGGCAUGGAAGCUUCCAAGUUGAAAUUCAUGCAUAAUUUCUUGAGCAGAUUUGGAAUUGGGAUGCAUACGUUAGUCAAAUUUGCAGCAAAGGAAGAAAGUUUUGUUCGUGGCUGUUAUGAGGGUAAAAUUGACCUUUCUGUUAAGAAACUUACAGAAGUGAUUCUCUUGGACGGGAUAUUUAUCGUUGAACUUUUCCUACAGAACUAUUUUUCACAGCUGAGAGACAAAAGCGAGACAAUAUUUGAAAAUCAGUGGAUGCACAAUAAUUUGUUGCAUGAUAUGAUGUUGAUAGAGAAUCAGCUACCUAUAAGAAUAAUGAAGAGCCUAAUGGAUUUUGUGGAUCUUUCAUUCUUGAACGAGGGCAGAGUGCUCACCAUCUAUGAUCUUGCUCACAGUUUCUUCAAGAAUGUUGGUAAUACGCACAGGGUAGCAUUGACAUCACGGUGUAAUAAUGCUAGGCAUUUUGUUGAGUUUCUUCUGUUUCUUCAUGCUCCAGCAGCGGGUUCUCGUGAUACGUCAUCUUCAGCUAGAAAGGUUGAAUAUACUCGCAGUGCAAAAGAGCUACAAGAAGCUGGAGUCAGGUUUCGUGAUGGGAAAGCAGAUUGUUUACUUGAGGUUUUCUUUGAGUCAGACGGUGAAAAAAGAGGUUGCUUGUUUAAGUUUCUGUGUGGACGAGGAGGUGAGCUGACGAUCCCCAAAUUGAGAGUUGAUGAAUUGAGUGAGACAUUCUUUCGGAAUCUUGUAGCCUUUGAGCAGUUAGGCCACUUUGGACACUUUUCCAAAUAUAUUACAAGUUAUGUCAUACUCAUGGAUAGCUUCAUAGACACAUCAGGUGAUGUUGAUAUACUUGUGAAUCAUGGCAUCAUUGAGAAUAAAUUAGGUGACAGCCAACAGGUAGCAAACUUGUUUAACAAUCUUCACAAGGAAGUUGUAACUGAAGCAAACGACUUCUAUUUUGCUAAGACUUGUGGAGAAUUGAAUGAAUACAGCAAGGAUUGGCUUCACCAGUGGAAAGCCAGCUGGUUUAGAUCAAAAGUGAUGCUGAAAAAGAAUUAUUUCAGCAACCCUUGGUCCUUCUUGUCUCUUGCUGCUGCAACCGUGUUGCUCAUUCUUACAGUUAUACAAACAGUCUGUUCUAUCCUCCAGGUUUGAUGAGUAGGAGGAAAGGAGUCCUGUAAAGAAGAGCAUAUGGUGGGAGGUACUUUCUCUUGAGCAUAUCCUGGUAACACCUUAUGGUCUUCAGCUUGUCACCAAUGAUGCAAUUAUGCUAACUUUUAUGUAUGACUUUAUAUUGUAUUUGUGAUGUUGCAUAUGACAUUCCUACAUACUGGUGAAAUAAGAUGGUCUUGAGCUUGUUGCCAAAA